CUUGAACAUCCUCUCUCCUCUCCUGCCUUGUUUGAAAAUUGGUAGCUUUGAGAUUAUUUGGAUAUAUUAACAAUGGGAGAUACAAAUAUUUCCAAGAAGUAAGUUUGCCGUUCAAAAACAGGAUAUCAUUCCUGUUGACCCUUUUCGAAAAUUAUUCUCUUUUAAGAUAGAAAGCUUGAAGUUAGGAUUAGCAUGCUUUCGUCAGCAAUACGAGUUUUAUUCAAACCAAAUUUAAGGAAACUUUCAAAUGAGAAGAUAAAUGCAUCAUAUUUUUGCAACAGUGAAUUAAAGCGCCGACAGAAGGCUAUAGAAAAACAGCAAAAACAAGCUCAGAAGGAAGCUGAAAAAUUGGCCAACCCCGUUGCUCAGGCUACUAAGCAAAAACCAAAGAAGGAAGAUGAAGAUAUUUCACCAAAUGAAUACUUCAAAUUACGUACUGGAGCAAUCCAAAAGCUCAAAACUGUCGGUGGUGAUAACCACCCUUAUCCCCAUAAAUUCCAUGUCUCCAUUUCCCUCCAGGAUUUUAUAGAAAAGUACUCGCAUUUGAAUGACGGAGAUGUAGUAGAAUCUGACAAUGUUAGCCUGGCUGGAAGAGUCCACGCUAUUCGUGAAUCAGGAGCUAAACUGAUAUUUUAUGACUUGAGGGCUGAGGGAACUAAAUUGCAAGUUAUGGCGACCGCGUCUUGUUAUGAAAAUGAGGAAAAGUUUCUGGAAGAUACAGAUAAAAUCCGCAGAGGGGACAUCAUCGGAGUCGAGGGUGUACCAACCAAGACGAAAAAAGGAGAGCUCUCUAUCCGACCUAAAACCAUCAAAUUACUGUCUCCUUGUCUUCAUAUGCUCCCUCAUCUACAUUAUGGUCUCAAAGACAAAGAAACAAGGUUCAGACAGAGGUAUUUGGAUCUCAUCAUGAACAACAGAGUUCGGGACAUCUUCAUCACUAGGACAAAAAUAAUCUCGUACGUCAGAAAAUUCCUAGACGGUAUGGGAUUUCUAGAAGUGGAAACACCCUUGAUGAACAUGAUUGCUGGGGGGGCAACCGCAAAACCUUUCAUCACCCAUCACAACGAGUUGAAUAUGGAUCUUUUCAUGAGAAUAGCGCCUGAGCUUUACCAUAAAAUGUUGGUGGUAGGCGGCUUGGACCGAGUUUACGAGAUCGGAAGACAAUUUAGGAACGAAGGCAUCGAUCUGACUCACAACCCAGAAUUUACAACCUGCGAGUUCUACAUGGCUUACGCUGAUUACAACGAUCUUAUGUCAAUAACUGAAACCAUGAUUUCCGGUAUGGUACACAGUAUCCAUGGAACAUACAAGGUGAAAUACCAUCCUGACGGAUUGGAAGGCGAAGAAGUCGAACUAGACUUUACUCCUCCCUUCAAAAGGAUCGAUAUCAUGACCGGUCUAGAAGAAGUUUUGAAAGUUAAGAUACCCAAAGUAGCUUACGAGUCUGAAGAGAUGAAUAAGUUCCUGAUGGAACAGAUUAAGAAGAAUAACAUUGAUUUUACCCCUCCACACACUAACGCUAGGGCUUUCGAUAAACUGAUCGGCGAAUUUUUAGAGGUGAAAUGCGUCAAUCCGACAUUCAUAAUUGGGCAUCCUCAGGUGAUGAGCCCUCUGGCCAAAUAUCACAGGUCCGUUCCAGGUCUGACGGAAAGGUUCGAACUUUUCGUGGCUAAGAAAGAAAUUUGUAAUGCGUACACCGAACUCAACGAUCCGAUGGUACAAAGGGAAAGAUUCGAGGAACAGGCGAAACAGAAGGCAGCGGGAGACGAUGAGAUUCAGUUGAUCGACGAAAACUUUUGCACGGCUUUGGAAUACGGUCUCCCUCCCACUGGUGGUUGGGGGCUUGGCGUAGAUCGCUUGACUAUGUUCCUUACCGAUAAUAACAAUAUUAAGGAGGUACUUCUAUUCCCAAUGAUGAAACCAGACGACCCAAACAAGCAUAACAAACCAGAAUCUAAUGGUCAAGUGGAGGAACCACAACAACAUUAGUUUUUUAAUGUUAAAACAAUAAAUUUCAUAUUUAUUCA